AUGGAUCCGUUGUCAGUCCCCGUUCCGCCUUCUUCUGACGCUCCAGCCCUGCUUGAGUCCGACUCUUCCACCAUCCCUGAACUCAGCGACUCGGGGUACUUUACCGAGGUGCUGCGCUUGCCUCCAGGCAAGUCUGAGGCUGAGGCUGACCGAGAGUUGGUUGCCAGAGCAAACGCCGCUGGCAUUGCCGCCACUCUGCCAUCUGUGGCCAGCAGAAGACAUCCAGCCAGCAGCUGCUCAGUCGUGUCGUUUGGGACUCAGCAAGACCGCACCUUUUCAAAUGCGUCCAACGGCUCAGCCAGCAGUGCCUUGACUCCUCACUCUUCCGUCUUUGGGCCCCCGAGCUCCCUCUUUGAUACCGGGUCCGGAGUGAGAGGAGUUUCGGCAUCGAGUCUCACUUUUUCUCACUACGAGAGGCUCAUUGCCUCUGUCGAUUCUGCCAACGCACAGCCUCCAUUUCCUAGGCCUCCACCCACACCGACUGCCAACGACUCCUCUGCCCAGAGCGUUGUGAGCGUGACCUCCAAGAAGAGCCAUCGCGCAAAUCUGCGAGACCGCUUGCGGUGGAGAAGAAAGACUGUGGCUCCAGCGGAAGUUACGAUACCAUGCAUCAGCUGCCAGAAAAGUUUUGGUGCAGAAUCCGGCGCCUUGCAUAAGCUCCCAUGUGGCCACAUGCAUUGCGUCGACUGCGUCCGAGAUGUGGUAGAUCAAGCCGUCCAGCAUGAGGCCCAGAUGCCACCACGCUGUUGCUCUCAGCCUCUAGCAGCACCUCUUGUAAGGACAAUACUGAGCCAGGACGCCCAGGUGACAUUCCUGCUGGCGGUCCUCAAGCUCAACACACCAGUCGAAGAACGAGUGUUUUGCCCGGACCCAGCCUGUGGUCACUUUAUCCCGACGCAUGAUGCACACGACGCCAAGCAUCCGUUUGACCUUGCCUGCUUCAAAUGCAAUGGCCGCGUGUGCGCCAUAUGCAAAGGCGCUGCUCACGCCGUUGGCGAAAACUGCCCCCAGGAUUGGGAGCUGGCCGUGUUGAAACAGAAGCAGCAGCAGCAGCAUGAUGGGAGUUGCUGGCAGCGAUGCUACGAAUGCAGGGCUCUUGUCGAGAUAGCUGGGGAAGCUCCCUACAUGACCUGUCAAUGCAAAGCACGCUUCUGCUCUGUUUGCGCCGCCAUUUGGGAUCCUACAACAGGAUGCCCCAAUCUCUGUAGCUUCGAAGAGGAGCUGAGGCGGCGCCGGCAGAUUGAGGAUGCCGUUCCCUGUGAGGCUGCGCUGCAGAUUCACGCCAAUUCAUCGAUUAAGCAACUUGGUCAGGAACAAGAAGAGGAGCUCCGCCGUUUUCUGGAAUUCAAGUCGCAGAGCAAAGACGCCUUGCAGACGCGGCACCUGAUACAAGAGGCCGCCGUGGAAGAAAAAUACGACUGCCAGGAGGAAAAGCUCCGCGAGAGACAUGAGAGGGCCUGGUCUCAGCAAGAAGACCGUCACGUUGCGGCCGAGAUGGGGUUGCUUGAAUCGCUGCAGCAGGACGAACUGAACAUCCAUUUGCGACUCAAGCACAUGGAGGCUUACUGCAACGGCAUAGGGCAAAAUCCCAACAUGAUGUCGUCUGUCAGGGUCGUCACUGAGCGAGACCGGAGACAGUUGGGCCAGCAGUACUACUUGCGAGAUGGCAUGGACCGCACACGCGAGUCCAAGAUUAAUCUCAUGCGGGAGCGGCAGGCUGUAAAGAUGGAGGAGCUCCGAGUCAAACAAGCGGAGGAAUUCGCGCUGCUCACGGACGCGAGGCAGGAGGCGCUGGAUCGGCUAGAAUCCCAGUUCGUCCAGGAAGAGUCUCAGUUCAACGCCGUUUUUGCGUCGCGCCAGUCACGGCUGCAGUCUCGAUGGGUGCUCGCCAUUGAAGUCUUGUGCAAGGAGCUCGAGGCGCAGAAUCCUGGCCAGAUCUAUCAUCGUAUUGACAUACCAAGAUGGCCCGAUGAAAAGCACCUUUGA